AUGGAAGAGUCAUCUGUUCCUCUGCCACUUCCUACUUACAAUAUCUUUCGUUUGGCGAAGGAGGAUCCACUUAGUGAUCAUUCACUUCGUGAUGGAUGUUUCAAUUAUGAUACCCUUAAGGGACUGAGACGCAAGGAAGUCAAUGACUAUUGUUCUACCAAGAUUGGUAUCGAUGGCGAAGUAGAACCGUUGAAUGCUUAUCUCGAUUAUGAAAAAUUAGGACCGGUUUAUUCACAAACAGAUCCUACUCAGGCAGAAGAAACUUCGUCAGAUGAAGUAGAGGCAUCAAGCCACGUAGAAACUUCUGGAUGCCCUGAGAGUGAAGCCGAGGAAGACCAGAAAAAAAAUAUCGGAAAAAAGAAGUCUCUGUCAGAGCAGCUUGUUGAAAAUGAUAAUGUGGUUGGAUCUUUGAAGACUUUACAUGGUAAACUUGCCACCGCAGAUUUGAAUCUGAAAGCUCGGAAACUUGAACAAAGCAUGUCACAAAAAGAAAGAGAAGAGGAGGCUUUGAUACGUAAGAAGCAGCUGGAAUCAAUUUAUACAUUAUUAGCUACGGAUAAAGAAAGAUUUGGAGUCAAUGAUGAGGCAGAUGUUUUUGAUCAAAUGAAACUUUAUUCUUUUGGAAGAUAG